AAAAAAAUAAAAAGAAAGCGUAAAUUACGAAAAACAGAGAGAUAAAUCCGGCAUAGAGAGAUUUUGGAGAUAGAGAGAGAGAGAGAGAGAAGAAAAUCGAAAUCUAUUGUCCAUUUCCCCAAUUUGCAUAUCAUCGCUCUAGAUUUCGCUGGUUUUGGAUUCGAUUCCUCCCCCAUCUUCAAUCGAAGUUUUUGGCUUGGAAUUGGAUUUGGGUUCGGUUCAAAAUCAGCUCUUUUCUGUUUUAUCUGGGAGAAAUCAGCAGAUAUGCAGGACCAGCUCGUGUGUCAUGGUUGUAGGAAUUUAUUGAUGUAUCCUAGAGGAGCAUCUAAUGUGCGUUGUGCGUUAUGUAACACUAUCAACAUGGUUCCUCCUCCUCCUCCACCUCACGACAUGGCACACAUUAUAUGUGGUGGUUGUAGAACAAUGCUUAUGUAUACGCGCGGGGCAAGUAGCGUAAGAUGCUCUUGCUGUCAGACUACGAACCUUGUGCCAGCGACAGCGCACUCCAAUCAGGUUGCCCAUGCACCUUCCAAUCAGGUUGCGCAGAUCAAUUGUGGACAUUGUCGGACAACCCUCAUGUAUCCUUACGGUGCAUCAUCUGUUAAAUGCGCUGUUUGUCAAUUCGUAACUAACGUUAAUAUGAGCAAUGGAAGGGUACCUCUCCCAACUAACCGGCCAAAUGGAUCAGCUUGUCCCGGGACAAUGCCCUCUACUUCAACUUCAACACCACCCUCUCAGACCCAAACCGUUGUUGUAGAAAACCCCAUGUCCGUUGAUGAAAGUGGAAAGUUGGUGACCAAUGUUGUUGUUGGUGUGACCACCGAUAAAAAGUAACCAAGAAUGAGUGAGAUUUUAAAGAUCAUAUCCAAAUUCUUCAUCUAUUCCUGCGUUUGGUUUGUGCAUAUUACAUACGCGGAAAAACUGUAUGUUUAUAUAUCUCUUGACUCCUUUUUAACCUAAGAAAAAGGCUGAUCAGAAUCUCUUGUUACUGCAAUAUUGGGGUUUAUUCAAAGUUGAAGACACAAA